AUGCCAAUUUUCCCGAAUUCUCUAUCAUCCCUUCCAACUGUACUCUCUCCUACAUGGAAGGAGAGAUUGAGAUAUGGAAGGGGCCCUAGAAGACACCCUGGUCAGAGGUUCGUAAGAGCUACCGUAGCGGAGCGAAUUAGAUUAGUAAAGGCUCAAAAGGGGUGUCUAAACUGUCUACGCAAGGGACACCCGAUCUCCGAGUGCAGGUCGGGCGCGUGCCGAGUGUGCCAACAAAGGCACAACACAAUGCUGCAUCCUGACACGACGACAAGUGGGGACGGGUCUCCGCAGGUCCAUAUGACCUGCCUGAAAACAGCGUUCGAACCCCGAGUGUUGCUUGCUACGGACCGAUUCGGACAUCCUAUCCCAUGCGUGCUGCUUGAUUCCUGCUCCCAAGCAAACUUUAUCACAACCAAGUUACUGUGCAUCGGUCAGAUACCGCUGCAUACCUCGCUAAUAUUGCAAAAGACAUUGUUGGGAUGGGUCGUGACCGGAGAACGAGCCGCGCUCACUACGGUACUGGAGAUCAGGUGUUAUGUGACGAGUGAAGUCCACGAACAGUUGACCAGAUUCUGGGAAGUUGAGGAAGGUCCACGGACCCAUUCACUCUCGGAGGAGGAAAGACUGUGCGAGACUCACUAUACGCAACAUACGCGACGGGAUCCUCAAGGGGGGCGCGGACAUCACCAAGAUGUACCGAUAAAUACAAUGACGUACGGGACAGCGUCCGCACCUUACCUCGCGACCAGGACAUUACACCAACUCGCAUCAGAUGAGCAGGAAGCGUACAGUAGAGCCGCAGCUACGUUCAAAUCAGACUUUUACAUGGAUGAUUUAAUUACGGGCGCGGAUACGUACGAAGACGCACUAACACUCAGACACGAGCUUACGCAACUCGCGAACAAGGGAGGUUUCGAGCUACGCCAAUGGGCAUCAAAUCACCCGGGGUUAGUACCUGCGUCGCUAUCGAACGACAACACUCCAGCAAUGACUAUCGCGACUGACCAAACAAAAAAGACACUCGGCCUAUCGUGCGACAGUCUGCGCUACGACAUUAGGAAAUUCCCAAAUCGGCAAAGAGUGAGCAAACGCAUCAUGUUGUCGAGCAUCGCGCAAUUAUUUAACCCAUUAGGACUACUCGGGCCGGUGCACGGCUUCUGCGACGCCAGUGAGAAGGCUUACGGUGCCUGCGUAUACCUGAAAUCAACUGAUCAGGUCGGCCGCACUUCAGUACAUCUUAUUUGCUCGAAAUCCCGGGUAGCCCCCCUCAAGUCGCAGACCCUGCUGCGACUCGAGCUCUGCGCGGCCGUCCUAUUGACUAAAGUAGUAACUGACACCGUCAAGGCUCUAAAAAUGCCAUUAGAACCAGCAAUAUUAUGGACCGAUUCCAUGAUCGUUUUACACUGGAUAAAAACGCCACUACACCUACUUAAAACCUUUGUAUCGAAUUGGGUGGCUCAAAUCCAACAGAGGACCCAAUUUUCACAAUGGCGACACGUACCGUCACAGCACAAUCCCGCUGACAUCCUCUCUAGAGGCACGGAUCCCACCGAGUUAGUUGACAACCGCCUUUGGUACAACGGACCGCAGUGGGUAACCGAUGAGACAAACGCUGAGUCCCAUGGAGAUACCCGAGCAACGUACAAUGACCGUCCUAAACACAACAUUAGACUCAUACCUGGACCUAGACCAAAGAUUCUCACAGCCACCAUUCGAAUCCUGAAAUUGGUCCAAACCCAUGAGUUCGCGACCGACCUGACAACCAUCGCGAACCCAAAGACGGAAUAUAAGGGCAGAUUACGGGCACUAAACCCUUUCAUAGAUGAAAACGGGCUCCUUCGGGUGGGGGGAAGGAUCGCGCGAGCGAACGUUACAUCAGACGCAAGGCAACCAAUUAUACUACCGGCAGGUCAUCACAUCACAAAACUGAUUAUUCGACAGCAGCAUAUAAAUCAAUUCCACGCAGGCGCCCAAGCGACCUCAAAUGCCGUUCGACAGAAUUAUUGGCCACUCGACGGCAUUCAAGGGGUAAAAAAUUAUAUCAGAACUUGUACUACGUGCGUUAGACUCAAACCAACACUACCUGCAUAUCAAAUGGGAAAUCUUCCCACCGAGCGAGUAACGUUUGAGCGUCCAUUCCUAGCCACGGGAAUAGACUAUUGCGGUCCGAUCCUCAUCAAGGAAAAGAAAUGGCGCAAUAUCAAAUCAAUAAAAGCAUACGUAGCUAUCUUUGUGUGCCUUGCCACAAAGGCGGUAGAGCUGGUAAGCGACCUAACUACCGAGGCCUUCCUAGCAGCAUUGAAACGAUUUUUCACGCGACGCGGUAAGGCGAGAUAUCUCUUCUCGGAUAAUGCGAAAACCUUUGUAGGCGCGAACCGUGAACUACGAGAGGUACGCUCACAAUUGGCAAGUAACACAAGUCCAGUCAUUCACGACUACUUAACCCGAGAGCAGGUAACGUGGCAUUUCAUUCCACCACGCGCACCAAAUUUCGGUGGGAUUUGGGAAGCCGCGGUAAAAUAUAUGAAAAGCCACCUUAUCAAAAUUAUAGGAAAUCAAUUACUUACAUUCGAAACAAUGAAUACAUAUCUCAUCGAGAUUGAGGCCAUCUUGAAUUUCCGGCCCAUCACUCCUAUAUCCUCGGAUCCAAACGACCUCACUGCAUUGACUCCCAGCCAUUUCCUAAUCGGGGACGUACUGACCAGCACAGCUGAGAAAGACGUUACCGAUGUACCGACAAACAGCUUAAGAGCCUUCGUUAUCGUCAAGGAGGACAAUCUACCAGUCUUCUGUUGGCCUCUAGGACGGAUCACGACACUACAUCCUGGCGACGACCAAGUUGUAAGAGUGGCGACCGUGAAGACUUCUAGCAGCGAAUAUAAACGUUGCGUACGACACCUAGCACCACUACCAGUCGAGUCCGAUCAAUCAUAA